CAUACAGGACUGCAACGGGGAGCUUGCCAUCGGGCAGAGAGACAGGCUACUCCAGCAGGCGAGCAAGUGCCAGUUGCUCAGCGGCAGUUGCCACGGCUAGACAUACAUUUGCGUCCUUUCAUCAAGGUCCUCGUUUGUAUGCAACUUACCCCCGGUCGUGUUUCUUUCAAAAGUAAUUUCAAGUAUUUUUAAGUAACCAUUGUAACGUAAAGUGACGAAAAGAUAGCCCUGAAGAGAAACUAGAAAAGAAAGGAAAAGAAACGAAAUCGUGGAAACGUUUCAAAGGGAAAAGAACAAGAAAAAGAAACUAGAGAUCAUGAAAAGGAGAAUGCCAUGUGCCAGGAACAGUGAGUGCGUGUGAGUGGCGUGCGUGUUACGUGCGUGUGUCGGACCAGUGGCUUCGGUCCUUCGACCCUCGAGGACGUACCACCAGCCGAGGACACGAUGAUGAUCCCGAUGAUACAAGCUACCAUCCUCCUGUCCCUCUUCGUUUAUCUAAAUGCCGCUCCGAACACCAUCACUAUGGCUAAGGAGGAGUGUAGAAAAAGGAUAGCCGAGUGCACAAUGAGUAAUGGUGCAAGUACACCGGUAUGUGGGAGCGACGGUGUUACGUAUUCGAGUCAGUGUCAGGUCAUCUCAAAGCAGUGUCAAGGCAUGUCUAUUCUUAUCAAACAUACUGGCCCUUGUCCAGAGACACCAGCAUGCUUCUCCGCAAGAUUGACCGUCAGGCCGGGUGCACGGCCAGUCUGUCGCUCGGAUGGCACUUACGCGCCGGUGCAAUGUCACGAGGAAACCGGGUACUGUUGGUGCGUAACACCGCAGGGCAGACCGCUGCCCGACACCUCGGUAAGAAACGAAAGACCAAGAUGUGUGAAAAAACCUGGUCCCAGAUCUACUGCUUCCACCAGGAGCGGCCAAAGGAGGCGCUCGCCCAACUGGAAGCAGCGAAGGCAGUACAGCAGUAAGCACAGGAAUACCUGUGAUCGGGCGGAGAAGUCUAAAUUCAACGGGAACCUCAUCGAGAACUUCAAGAUCGAGUACAGGCGGACGAACAUCUCCGCUGAUGGUGACAAAAAUGUGGAAAGAGUGUUGUCGUGGAAAUUCGUGACGCUGGACAAGAACGGAGAUGGAUAUCUAGAUAGGGCUGAGUACAAGGAGUUGAGGAGACUAGCGAAGAAGGCGGUAAGGCCGAAGAAAUGCGCUCGCACGUUUGCCCGCACGUGCGACCUAAAUCGGGAUUUGAAACUCUCCAGGCAAGAAUGGGGUGCCUGCCUUGCGAACGACUUCACUCUACGUUUGUUCUUGUCGCUGAACCCUGCAGACGAGCGCCCCGAGGUCCCUGAGGCCCAGAGGACCCGGGUCAUGGACCAAGUGUUGAAAGGCAAUCCUCCUCCGAUGCAUUCUCGACCAACGUUCAAUGAUGAUCCAGUCGAUACGAAAGAAGAUAGUGACGCAAACGAUUGUUUGACGGACAGACGAUCCGUACUGGAAGACGAGAGGCAACAUUCUCAGGAGAAGUUUUAUAUACCUGAAUGUACACCUGACGGAAGGUAUCAUCGAGUACAGUGUUAUUCUGGCUACUGUUGGUGUGUAUAUCAAGACACUGGUAAACCAAUACCAGGUACAUCUUCUAAAGAUAGUACUCCAAACUGUAAUCCAGUACCUACUCCUAGUAGACCCAUGAAAGGUUGUCCUGAACAAAAGAAACAAUUGUUUCUACGAGAUUUAAUGGAUUUGAUGUACAAGAAGAUGAAAGCCUCCGGCACGGAUUCCGAUGAAACGACGGCUAAGUGGCAAGCUUCUAAAGAGGAACAAAUAGCAACCUGGCACUUUGUUAUGCUUGACAAGAACAAAAAUAAGGUUCUAGAAAGGAAAGAAUGGAAAAGUUUCCGCACGAUGGUAGCGAAUAACAGACAACUUCAAAAAUGCGGUAAAAGACUUCCUAGAUACUGUGAUAUUAACAACGAUAGAAAAAUCAGCAUGACAGAAUGGUUCAGUUGUUUGAAUGCACAACGAUCUACAACAUCCGAGAACACGGAAAAAACAUCAACGAGUAAACCGAAGAGAACAGGUCCGAAUCCUUUAGAUCAGUUUCUUAAGAACGACGAUGACUGAUGUGUGAUAUGAACGUGUGUUCGUCAUUUUAUCAAUACGUGUAGUGAUCAUUCAUCUAACAUGUGAAUCGUAACAAUGGGACUUUCAAAAGAAAGCCAGUUACUAUGUUAAAAGAAUUUUAUUUGUAUUUUUAUAUUCGGUGAUAAAUGUCCUUUUAUUUUUAA